AUGGCGACUAGAAGUGAGAAUGACGUAAACGGCCCGGACUGGCGUGAUACACGGUCACGUGAUAUUUCCCUUUGCGAAACGGACGAGAAACACGUAUUACGCUCGUCGCUAGAGAAAUUUAGCGUUGCGGCCUUACAACAAACCUUUGGGGUGAGAACCAGUCAUUUUUCUUUACCAUCCGUUUUUUGCUUAACUGCAAAGUUAAAAAUGGGUCAGUUGUGUGCCAAGUGUGCCCAGUUGCUUUGUGAUAUUUUUCUCUCAGUGAAAACACUAUCCUCGAGUCUGGUGCAUGACUUGAGGGAGCAUUUGGCUCAGAUCCAAAUCUGCCCCUGUCUAAAAGACAAAACAUUUGAGGCAAAGCCGUUAUACAAGACCGUCCUUCAACCCCAGGAAGAGGAGGUAGCCCAGGAAUUUCUGCAGCACAUCGUUAAAGGUUUUCAAACUUCACCACUCGGCAAGGAUUCCCUAGAGGCUCUGAGGACCUUGGCAUUUUCGGAGAACCCUGGCUUGCAAAAGUCUGCAGCGCUCUAUUAUUUAAACAUAAGUCAACACUUGAACAUCCAGCUGCCCCCAGAGCAUUUGGAAGCAUACUAUGCUUUGCUGAAUUCUAAUGAUGUGGAAGUUCUGCAGAUUUCAUCUUUGUCCCUUGUCAAUUUCUUACUGGAAGGAAAUGUGAUUAAAGAGCACAUCAUACAAACGGAUUUACUUGAGCCAAUUUUGGAGCUGCUUGAAUCUGAUGACACCACUGUACAGUGCAAUGCCUGCGCCUGCAUAAUGACACUGGCGGUCUCAGGUGUCAACCAGGAAGCAAUUGGAGCAGCAGGAGGAGUUGUACCUUUACUUGUCCUUUGUAAAUCUCAUGAUCCAAGGGUCCAACAAAAUGCAGUUGGAGCUAUUUUCAACCUCACCCAAUCAGAAUGGAUUCAAAAGAUUUUGUUUCGUCAAGGUGCACUCUUGGUUCUUGCCCUUUUGUUAGAGUCUCUUGACACAGAAAUACAGUACUACAGCUGUGCGGCUCUAAGCAACAUGGCCACAAACGCUCAGCACCAUGAAGCCAUGCUUCAGAUCGGUGACAGGUUUCUUCUACGGACACUCCUUUCUCUCCUGAACUCAUCUGUGGACAAGGUUUGCAACCAGGCUUGCAUUUGUCUCAGGAAUUUAGCCACAAGUGAGUGUGUUCAGACCAGCAUCAUUGCGGUGCAUGGCCUGCCCCACCUCCUUCCUCUGCUGGCAUCUGACCAUACGGAGAUUCAGCAGAACUCCAUCAUUCUCCUCCGGAUGUUAUCGCAGCACCCAGCCAACCAGCCAAAUAUAUUGAUCUGUGAUGAGGUGCUGCAGACUUUGGGAAAGGUGCUGCUUACCUGGAAAACAGGUCCAGUGAUCAUCGGGCAUGCUGCCUGCUUCAUCAAAAAUCUAACCCAUUCCCAAAACAUCCAGAGACUCACAGAAAGUCCAUGCAUCAGAGGACUUCUUCAAGCUGUCCACAGAGGCAACUUGUUAGGAGAGGAAUCUCUUCUUUGUGUGAUAUCUUGUCUCACCGAACUGGUAAAACACGAAGGAGCUGCAGUGCACGUGCUGGAACUGAUGGAUGAACCACUGAUAGGCAGCCUAGUAAGGCUGGCCGGCCAGGUGGAACAAACAGAACCUUCUUUCCAGGCUGCCUUCAUGAUCAAACACAUCUCACAACACAAAGAGGCGGUGUCUCUGUUGAAAUUCCACAUGAACAAGGUGGAGCAAUACCUCAUGAAGUAUCUCAUCCAUCAGGAUAAUCGCUUUCAGCAGCUGGGCUUAGCUACUCUCUGCAUAUUACAGAAAGAUGCAGAGCUUUUCUCAUCAUUCAGCCAGAGCCAACUGAAGCAACACCUUGAUCAAGUCCUUCAUCAAACUGAAGAAAUACAAGAGCUUCUCAAUAUUGUGAUCCGGCAGAUGGACACAUAAGCCACUGUUACCCUGUUCUCCUAUCUUGCUGUAGAUGAUCCAGAGCUCUGUGUGGCCGGCUUAUGAAUAAUCUCCCUAGAGAGUUCUACGGGACUGUUAGCAUGGACUAGCAUUUUAAUAUAAUUAAGGAAAUAAAUAAUGAAUAGGCAGCUGAUUCAAGAUGUCAGUGUCUUUAUAAUCCUGCUAUGGCCUCAUCUACAGUCUGAAUAUACCUAACAGGGAUCUUAUUUCCAUAGUUUGGGUGGAAAUUAAAGACACAGAAAUGCUUUAUUAUUCAACUCUUAAUGAUUUACAGCAGGAUCUGGAGAGUUGGACGUGAUAUUCCAUCAUUGGUGCUUGAUGCAUGAUUGAUUCACACAUGCAUCUCUAUUUUGAAUGAUCCUUCCUGUGUGAACUGGUCCUAAUGAUAGCAUCACUGCAUAUGCACAGACGGCAGCUUUGUCCUGCCCUUGCUCAAUCAUCUAUGAGUUGCAAACCAAUUCACUCAAGCCUGUAUCUAGGUUUGUAUCCAGUUGAUCAUCCCACUGAUGAAACCGCUUCAGUUAAUGAAAUAGGAGCACCUCACCACCAGCACUCUCAACAUCUGCUCCAAAGGGUUGGGGGCACUCUGAAGUAGGUGGGAGGAAAGGUUCUCUUGCACAAGUCAGAUUUUUCCCAUGGAGUUCAUUUUACCAGCCAAGUAUCUUUAUGCAACUUGGGUGUUUUAACACACUAAUGUGGCCUGCCACAAUGUUGACAAGUUGACAGCAUUCUUCUGAUGUUCAAGAACUGAAUGUUGACAUAUUUUUCCCACUGUCUGAUAGCAAAUAAUGUGUGGCCU